AUGAAUCGAAAACGUAGGGUUGAAAAGGAGGAAUAUUUGACACUGCUGCACUGGGAACUUAGGGAACGUAGGGAUCGGGAACGUAGGGACGAGGAGGAAAAGGAAAUUAAUCAGUAUUUGACAGCGGAACGUGAGCGAUGGGAACGUUUUUACCGUGCUAGAUUCACGCGAAGACUAGCCAACAAACGAGAGGAUGAGGAGGUUAAUAAGAUUGAGGACGAGGAUGAAGACAUGGAUGAGGACGAGGAUGAUGACAAGGGUGAGGAAACGUUAGCUAAAGGGUUUCCUGUUGAUGAUGAUAAGGUGGAGGAUGAUGAUGAGGAGGAGGGUGAUGAUAAUGCUGAUGAGGAGUUGAAGAAAGCCGCAAAAGAUCAGGGUCUGUGCGGAUAUUCGAAGCUCACAAAAGCUGAGUUGAUAGCGAGGCUGAGCAGACGCAACGAUGAGGAUUCGGGUGAUGAUGAUGUAUGGGAAAAUGCAAGGAAGGAUGCAAGGGAUAAUGAUGUAUGGGAAAAUGCGAGGGAGGAUGCAAGGGCUGAACCAGCUAAAAAGCCUACUAUGAUAAAUAGGAUGUCUAAGCACAAAGUUGGUGGAAACAAGUGCAGUACUUGGCUAACGUGUUCUGGAAAAGAUGGCUACAUGAGUACUUGCCUAAAUUGCAAGCUAUGCAAAAGUGGCAACGGCAGACAACCAACCUUCGGUCUGGAGAUGUCGUCCUAA